UUAAGACCGUAGGAUUAUCAAUUUCCUUUCUUGGCUUUUUAUAAACUCCGCCACCGCGAUGUCGUGGCUCACAACAGCGCCUUGCAAGUAAGUUGCAAGAUCGACGACGACAGCCUUUCUUUGUGAAUAACCGGGUUCCUUGACUUACCGAUAUAAUCAUCUACAGCCUAGUUAUUAGACAGGAAAUCGUACUCGGUAUUGACGCGACUGAAAGGAGUUCACGCUCAAGAUGUCGGUGAUGCUCACAAAGUUCGAGUCCAAGAGCAAUCGCGUUAAAGGGCUUGCUUUUCACCCGACUCAACCACUGCUUGCUGCCGCACUUCACAAUGGAAGUGUUCAGCUCUGGAAUUACCGAAUGGGCGUAUUAGUGGAUCGAUUCGAAGAACACGAAGGACCUGUACGAGGUGUCGCAAUUCAUCCGAGUCGAGCACUACUGGUUACCGGAGGUGAUGACUACAAGAUCAAAGUAUGGGACCUGAAACCUCAGAGCAGAAGGUGUUUAUUUACUCUUCACGGUCACCUCGACUAUGUCCGAACUGUUCAGUUCCACCACGAAAUGCCAUGGAUCUUGUCGGCAUCCGACGAUCAGACUAUUCGGAUAUGGAAUAGCACCUCGCGGCAUUGUGUUGCAAUUUUGACAGGGCACUCUCAUUAUGUCAUGUCCGCACAAUUCCACCCAAAAGACGAUCUCAUCGUCUCAACGUCGAUGGACCAAACCGUACGAGUUUGGGACAUCUCCGGCCUGCGCAAGAACACGCCAAACAACGGCCCUAACAACUUUGAGACGUUCGACACGUUCUCUACGGUCAAAUACGUGCUAGAAGGUCACGAUCGUGGUGUAAACUGGGCUUCAUUCCAUCCUACGCUACCGUUGAUCGUGUCUGCAGCUGAUGAUCGAACGAUCAAGAUUUGGCGAAUGAGCGAGACUCGGGCAUGGGAGGUUGACUCAUGCAGAGGUCACUUCAACAGCGUGUCAAGUGCGAUAUUCCACCCUAAGCACGAGUUAAUCGUGUCUUGCGCAGAGGACAAAACUGUCCGAGUUUGGGAUCUGGCCAAGCGGACGGCAAUCCAGACAUUCAGGCGGGAGAACGACAGGUUCUGGAUAUUGGCUGCACACCCAAACCUCAACUUGUUUGCAGCAGGACAUGACGGAGGUCUAAUUGUGUUCAAGCUUGAGCGCGAACGACCCGCCUUUACCGUGCACGGCGAUAUGCUUUACUACGUCCGUGACAAGUAUGUACGCACUUACGACUUCAACUCCGGUUCCGACAUCGGCAUGCUGAGCGUAAGGAAGUUCGGAAGCCCGUAUGUUCCUCCACGUACCGUGAGCUACAACCCUGCCGAACGUGCUGUCGUGGUCACCAUCUCCUCGGAUAACGGGUUAUUUGAGCUCUCUUCAUUACCGACGCAGUCCAAUGGCGAGGUUAAAGACUCACUUAUUGAAGUUCGCGACUUGUCAAAUUCAGUCGUGAAAACCAUCAAACCCCCGGUCCAGACUAAUGAAAUUUUCUACGGUGGUACAGCUUGCCUAAUUCUCAGUUCAAUAACAACUGUUGUGCUGUAUGAUAUCCAGCAGCAGAAAACGAUCGCAGAAUUGAACAGCCCACCUGUUAAAUAUGUCGUUUGGAACGCAGAUGGGUCACUGGUCGCGCUGAUGAGCAAACACACAAUUACUAUCGCCAACAAAAAUUUCUCGCAAAACAGCCUUAUCCAUGAGACGAUACGGAUCAAGUCCGGGGCUUGGGAUGACACAGGCGUUUUUAUCUAUUCCACGCUCAAUCAUAUCAAGUACUGCUUGCCUCAAGGCGACCAUGGCGUUAUCUGCACACUCGAUAAUCCCGUCUACCUUACCCGUGUCAAGGGUAAAACCGCGCAUUGCCUGGACCGAUCUGCACGCCCACGCACUAUCACGUUUGACCCGACUGAGUACCGCUUCAAACUCGCGCUCCUGCGCAAUAACUACGACGAGAUGCUCCAUAUCAUCCGUACGUCGACGCUGCUUGGGCAGAGCAUCAUUGCCUAUCUUCAGCAAAAGGGCUUCCCGGAGAUUGCACUUCACUUUGUGCAAGAUAAGAACACCAGAUUUGACCUUGCAAUCGAGUGUGGAAACUUGGACGUUGCACUCGAGACUGCAAGAGCGAUCGACCGACCUGAGUGCUGGGAGCGUCUAGCACAACAGGCCCUGAAGCAGGGCAACCAUAAGAUCGUUGAAAAAGCCUACCAGCAAACUAAGAACUUCGACCGUCUGUCGUUUUUGUAUCUCGCCACAGGCAGUACAGAAAAGCUUUCCAAAAUGCAGAAAAUCGCAGACGCACGAGGCGACCCCAUGUCACGCUUCCACAAUGCGCUUUAUGCGGGCGAUGUUCUUGGACGUAUUACUGUGUUGCGGGACGUUGGGCUUCACCCCCUGGCAUAUCUUACAGCAAAGACGAAUGGUUUGGAAGAAGAAGCAGCUGAAAUCCUUGAGGUGGCUGGUCUUACCGAGGCUGACGUGGACGACAUCCCUGUAUUUGGAAAGUGUACCCUCCAAACUCCGUCUGUUGUCACUCCUACAUCCAACCUUAAUUGGCCAUCUAUUUCCAUGGGAGAAUCCUUCUUUGACCGUGCGCUUGCCAACGGCCAUCUUGACGGGGAUAGUGAUAUACCGCACAUCAAUGGCAAUGGCUUAGACUCAGGUGCAGGCGCCUCUACUGCUCUGGAUGACUGGGCGAAGGAUGAGGAACCAGAUGUAGAGGAAGAUGGAUGGGAGCUUGACGCAGAAGCGGAAGAUGAUGAAGAAAAAGAUGUAGAUGAAGAAUUUGAGGAUGCCAUCGAAGAGGAGGACCUUGGCGCCGGCGCUGCACCUGGUGUGAGCGAGAACGAGCUUUGGGUUCGGAACUCACCCUUCGCAGCUGAACAUGUUGCAGCUGGAUCAUUCGACACAGCCAUGCAGCUUCUCAACCGGCAGCUGGGCGUUGUGAACUUUGAGCUCUUGAAGCCAUUGUUCUUGUCUAUCUACCGUUCCUCACACGUAUACGUGUCCCCGAUUGCUUCGUUGCCGCCGUUGCAAUUGCACAUUCGGAGGAACCCUGAGGAGACCUCACCUGGACGGGUGCUGCCUGUUACUGCUCGUACACUUUCUUCGAUCCGCACAGAACUGUCGGAGGGAUAUCGCUUUGUUUCCGGAAACAAAUUGUCAGAGGCUCAGGCAACGUUCCGGUCGGUGUUGCUAGCAUUGCUGCUUAUAGUUGUCUCAUCAGAUAAUGAGGCCAAAGAAUGGCGAGACACUGUGACGACUGCCCGAGAGUAUCUCAUCGGCGUCUCCAUUGAGCUUGAGCGGCGACGUAUCGCACAGGACGAACCUGACAAUGUUCGCCGGAGCCUUGAACUCGCCGCAUAUUUCACGCACUGUCAGUUACAGUCACAGCACAUGCAGAUUGCACUACGGAGUGCUAUUGGUGUGUUCGCUAAAGCUAACAACCAUGCAACCGCUGCCAAACUGGCACGUCGCCUUCUUGACCUUAAUCCCGAUCCCAAAAUCGUUGCACAGGCUCGUCAGCGCAUCGCAGCAGGGGACCGCAAUCCCCGGAACACAGUCGAGGUCUCAUACGAUGAAUUCACAGAGUUUGAAAUCUGCGCAGCUACAUACACCCCCAUCUACAAAGGCUCGCCAUCUGUGCGCUGCCCAUAUACCGAUGCGGCGUUCCUGCCUGAGUUCAAAGGCAAGUUGGACCCGUUGAUAGAGCUAACUGAGAUUGGGGCAAGUGCGAGUGGGCUGCCUGCACCACGGUAGAAUUUUGCUAGAUGUGGAUGGACAAUACUGUCGAUUAGGAAUAAUCGAAUAUUUGCAUACUUUUUUGUUCUGAUAAUUGUUCCAACAUAACAGCUAGAAUGCUGGGGUGCCAUAAAUGCACACCAGCACGGAUUUACGCAUGAUCCUUCCAAAUUAAAGUAUCAUCUAGCGCUAUUUGGUUGAUAGGUAGGUAAAUGCGAGAAUUAACAAGAACCCGUGCACGUGGGCCUUCUGUUCUCAGAGCC